AUGGCGUCUUGGGACGACUUCAACAGUAUCUUCUCGUUCAACAAAAACUAUUCCUAUGACGGCAGGGUUAUUGACCAUAUCUUGUCCAACCGUCGUGCGCUGGAAAACCAGCUCUUCGUCGACCGACUGUUGGGAUUGGCGGGUGUCAAGCCAGUUACGAAGCUGUACCCCCCGCGAUCGAACGCAGACCUCCGCACACUAGUUCAGGAGAUCGUCUCUUCCCCGCUGGAUAUUCACCACAAGCAAGCCUUGAUCUACUACAUCUUGAAAGACUGCCGCGCACACAGCGAAUCUGCGACCUUGUUUUCGCGGCGAUGCCACCUGCCGGAGAAGUACAGACUGUUUAUUGAGGGUCUCUGGAAUUUGGAUCGACUCGAAUUUCGGCGCGCGAUCGAGUAUCUGACGGAGCCUUCGAUCAUCCCAACUUUCCCCGAUGAGAUCCUCUACGUCCUUACUCUGCCCCAUCUUCCCAAGCAUGACGACAGCCUGGUAAUGGCUUAUUACCUCACGGUCAGCCCACCGUUGGCAACCGAGAAAGUCCAGAAGGCAUUCUUCCAAACCUUAUGCCGAGCUAGCAUCACCGAGGCGUUUUACUUCACGCGCAACCACGAUCAAUCCCUCCGUCGGAACUACGUCACGCAGCUCAUCGAGUUUGUCCUCACGACAGAAGCCGGACAGCUGCGUAGCAAACGGGCCAUGGAACUGAUCGGUCUUCCUUUUGACGACCAGGAAGAAGAAUGGUUUGAACACGCCCUUCUUCAUGGCAGUGCCAAGUCUCUGCAUGGCUCUAAGGACACUGUCAUGAUGCGCCGCCUAGCUGCUGGAAAGCUAAGCGGGCUUUCUGCCGGCCUCGAGUCCUUGGGUGGAACAAAGAUCGAUGGAGUCAACUGGGAUGUCCUUAAGGAGAGCAUGAAUCAUACAGAAAAGCUAUAUUCCUCCAAGGGGGCCGCAGUCUGA